CCACAUAAACAUGACAUUCGUCCCUUUCUCUUCCCACCACACAUUCUCCCACUCCCCACCCAAACAAAAGCUACUACACACACUCACUCUCACCCUCCCUCCUCUCACUACCAAUGGCAGAUUCCACAACAACCCCCACAUGGCACCAACUCUUGGGAAGCAACAACUGGGAGAAUCUCCUUGACCCCCUCCACCCUAACCUCCUCAACCUAAUCCUCCGCUGCGGCGACUUCAUCCAAGCCACCUAUGACGCCUUCAACAACGACAAAAACUCCCCCUACUGCGGCUCCAGCCGUUACGGGAAGCCCUCUUUCUUCAAGAAAGUCAUGUUUGAUGAUCUCGAAAGUUACACUGUCGCGUGCUUUCUGUACGGCACCGCGCGCGUGUCCGUCCCCGAAGCGCUUCUUCUGCACUCCCUUUCACGUGAGGCGUGGGACCGCGAGUCCAACUGGAUCGGGUACAUAGCUGUGACGACUGAUGAGGCCAGCAAGAAGUUGAACCGGCGUGAGAUCUAUGUUGUGUGGCGCGGCACCACCCGGGACUUUGAGUGGAUUGAUGUGUUUGGAGCUGCUCCUGAAUCUGCAACCGGCUUGUUGAAUGCUAAGAGUUUAAGAAACUUGGACAAAGCCAAAGACGGAGACAGCAGCAGCAGCGACAGUGACCAAGACGACGACGUCCCCAAAGUAAUGAAGGGUUGGCUAACAAUCUACACCUCCGAAGAUCCAAAAUCUCCAUUCACAAAACUAAGCGCAAGGACACAAGUCUUAACCAAAGUGAACGCCUUGUUGAAACUCUACAAAGACGAGAACCCAAGCGUGGUCCUGGUAGGGCACAGCCUAGGUGCAUCCUUAUCCAUCGUGAGCGCUUUCGACCUCGUUGAAAACGGCAUCACCGACGUCCCCAUCGCCGCUUUCGUCUUUGGUUCACCCCAAAUUGGGAACAAGGCAUUCAACGAGAGAGUGAAGAGUUUCAAUAACUUGAAGGUUCUUCACGUGAGAAACGUGAUUGACGUAAUUCCUCAUUAUCCAGGGAGGCUGCUAGGGUACGAAUAUACCGGCGUGGAGCUCGAGAUCGAUACGCGAAAAUCGCCGAAUCUGAAGGACUCGAAGAACCCUAGCGACUGGCAUAACCUGCAGGCAAUGCUGCAUGUGGUGGCGGGGUGGAAUGGGAAGCAUGGUGAGUUUAAGUUGAGAGUGAAGAGAAGCUUGGCUCUUGUGAACAAGUCUUGUGAGUUCUUGAAGGAUGAGUACCGCGUGCCUGGGUUAUGGUGGGUUGAGAAGAAUAAAGGGAUGGUGAAAAGGGACGAUGGUGAGUGGGUCUUGGAUGCCCCAGAAGAGGAGGACAUACCUGUGCCUGAAGAUUAUGAUUGAAUGCGAAAAACAAAGAGAUAAAAAAAACUUAAGUGUCUAUACUAAUUUUGUUUUGUAAAUGAGCACUUGUGAGUGUGAAAAUAAUGAAAGAAUAUGUAUGUGUUGAUUUAGUAAAUACAAACGAGGAGUGUUACGAUUGACGAACAA